AUGGCUCUGCCCAUCGACCCUAUGGAGGAGCCCCGUAUAUACCAGCAGACGUUGCUACAGGACGGCCUCUGCGACCUGCUGGACAACGACAAGUUUGUGGACUGCGUGUUGAAAAUCAAAGACAAGGAGUUCCCGUGCCACCGGCUGGUCCUGGCCGCCUGCAGCUCUUACUUCAGAGCCUUCUUCCAGUCGGGCGUGGAGGAGAGCAAGCAGCGCGAGAUUGUUCUAGAAGACGUGGAGCCGGGCGUGAUGGGGAUGAUCCUGAGGUACCUGUACACGUCCAACAUUAACGUCACCGAGCAGAACGUUCAGGACAUCUUCGCGCUGGCCAACAUGCUCCAGAUUCCAUCCAUCUUCACCGUGUGCGUCUCUUUCCUCCAGAAGCGUUUGAGCCUCAGCAACUGCCUGGCUAUUUUUCGUCUGGGCCUGAUGCUCGACUGCCCGCGCCUGGCUGUCUCGGCGCGUAACUUCGCCUGCGAACGCUUCCAGCUUAUCGUCCGCGACAGUGAGUUCCUGCAGCUGAGUCCAAGUGAGUUAGCGGCCAUCGUCGCUUCGGACAGCCUGAACGUGGAGACCGAGCAGGCUGUGUUUGAGGCUCUGAUGAAAUGGGUCGAACACGACCAGCAGAACCGCGUGAAGGAGCUGCCGGACCUUCUGAACUGCGUCCGGUUCCGUCUGGUUCCCGAGGACUAUUUUGCGGAGAAGGUGGAGAGGCACAAAUGGAUCAAAUCCAACCCCGAGAUCGGAGCGAUGCUGCAGCUGGUCAAAGACGCUCGUGGGGGGAAGCUUCCUGAGAUCAAAAAGGCCAAGGGCAAGAAGAGCGAAGAGAAGAAAGUAACGGAGGAAGGUGAUGGAGCAAAAAAGGAAGGAGAGGAGGAGGAAGAAGAGCAGGAGCUUCUGCCCGGAAUUCUGAAUGACAACCUGCGAUUUGGAAUGUUCCUCAGAGACCUGAUGUUCAUGAUCAGCGACACGGGAACAGUCGCCUACGACCCCACGGGAAAUGACUGCUACGUGGCAUCUCUGUCCACGCAGAUCCCCAAAAACCACGCCAGCCUGGUCACAAAGGAGAACCAGAUCUUUGUAGCAGGAGGACUUUUCUACGAUGAACACAGUGAAGAGCAAGCUCUUAACUCCUAUUUCUUACAGUUUGACCCCAUGAGCUCAGACUGGCUAGGCAUGCCCCCAAUUCCAUCCGCACGUGUCCUGUUUGGGAUGGGCGAGGCGGAAAAUUCCAUCUUUGUGAUCGGAGGAAGGGAGCUGAAGGAGGGAGAGCAUACCCUGGACUCAGUCCUGGUCUACGACAGACAGUCUUUCAAAUGGGGCGAAUCGGAUCCACUACCAUACGCAGUGUAUGCCCAUGGAACAGUAUCGCACAACGGAUUUGUCUACGUGAUAGGAGGAAAGGAUGACAGCAAGGCAUGCCUGAAGAAGGUGUGUGCGUACGAUGCUGGCAAAUUUGAAUGGAAGGAUUUAGCUCCUAUGAAAACGCCACGGUCUCUUUUUGGCGUCACCGUGCACAACGACAAGAUCUAUGUAGCAGCUGGUGUAACGGACGCGGGAAUCACGAACAGUGUGGAGGUGUACGACAUCGCGACCAAUACGUGGUCAGACUUUGUGGAGUUCCCUCAGGAGCGUAGUUCUCUCAGUCUCAUCUCUAUGGGAGGAUGUCUGUACGCUGUCGGCGGGUUCGCAAUGGUCCCCAGCGAAAAUAACGACGAGCUCAUCCCUCGAGAGAUGAACGACAUUUGGAGGUACGAUGAGGCAGAGAGGAGAUGGAACGGCAUUCUGAGGGAGAUCCGUUACGCCUCCAGCGCCACCGUCCUCGGCGUCCGGCUGAACACGCUGCGGCUCACCAAGAUGUGA